AUGUUGAUCAACGAAUUCAUUUAUAAAUGUAUAAAUUUAAUCAUUGUAAACAGUUUAGAACUAAACUAUCAACUCAACAUGUUGUAUACUAUACAGUUCAAUCUUAUUUUCUUCGUGCUAGUGAACAUUUACGAAAAUCUAGCCUAUAGAUGGUAUACACAAAACUCUGAAUUAUUAGCUUUACACAAUGCAUAUAGAAGAGAUAUAAAAUAUGGUCAUGUUCGUGAUCAACCACAAGCGAUGAGUAUGCUUAAACUAACAUGGAGUCAUAAAUUGGCUGAAAUGGCUCAGGACUGGGCACAGCAUUGUGUGCCAAGACGAAGUAACUUGACUAUGAGGAAAGGUUCGAAAUGGACAUAUGUUGGUCAGAGUAUCGCUCUCGUUCCUAAAGUUAGAGAAGCAGCAUCUUUAUGGUUUGAACAACACAAGAACUACAAUUUCGGAAAUAAUACAUGUGAGGCAAAUAAAACUUGUGCAGAUUACAAACAAUUAGCAUUCGCCGAUACCACACAUAUUGGAUGUGGUUAUGCAAUGUGUAGACAUCUAACAGGACUAGAUAAGCUUCUUGUUGUUUGCAACUAUGGACCAGGGGGUAAAUAUGCCAAUAGACAACCCUAUGAUCCUAUAUAUCCUGAAGAUCCAUACUACCUCCCAUUAAUUUAA